CCGAUCCAUCAUGCGCAGGGGUGCGGACACAGACAUUCAUCAUAUACACACCCUCCAAGUCAACACGUGCAUGCGCAGGUGUGCGCACACGCCCCUUGACCUUGCCAUUGGUCGCCUUUGUAGGAUCCCCCUCGACAGGAUGGAAAAACACGAAUGCAGUGUUAUUGCUGCAAUGCUUGGUGGACCGGAAGGAUGGGGCAUAGCCGUCUUGCCGCUUGAGGCCCUGCGUGUCCAGAUGUGGCCCACUCCACAUGGUAUUCUGACGCAACCAUGGAUCCUUCGUCAAGUGCUGCCUGCAAUGAAGGACGGCAUUGCAGCAUUCUUGAGACAUCGAUCCACAUCGCCUGUCUUGCGCAGCCUCGAUUGGUGUUCUCGCUUUCGCAGCUUGUGCCUUGCACAGGAGGGUGACCUCGCAGAGUAAGAGAUUAUACGAGGAAUCAUUCGAGGUAGGACCAAGAGAGCUGUCGUGCUUCGUGAUUCUCCAGGGAACUUUCAGGCCAAGCAGACUGGAUGGAGGUGAAAGGCAGAUUCAUUCCGUCUGCCUGUAUACUACAGUGUUGAAUUUCUUCAGGCAUUCUCAGCAAGUUUUUGCACCGAAAUGGGAGAGAAGGAGUUCCGAGACUCGAUCAGAGGCCAUGAGGAAGAGCUCUUUGAGCGGCUCGAAUCUGCUGAAGCACUUCAAGUGGUUACCAAACGUAGAGCGCACAAGACGUUUUUCCUGCUUGUCAGUCCGCUCCGAUCUCCUUCAGCUAAUUGCAUCUCUCUGGUCGAACACCACUGGGCGAAACAGUACUUUGCCGAUGGGGCUGCUGGCGUUGAGCAACAUGUUCACGGCCAAGGACAACCUGCCGGGCCUGAUGAUUGGCGGCAUCGUCAUCGUCGUCCUCAUAGCCCUGGCCAUCGUUGGAUUCGCCGUCUGGUACUACCGCUUCGGCGGCCGCAAGUGGCUCACAGUCGAGGCCAGCGAGAUCCGGCACAAGCAGAACAAGUUCGUCAAGUCGCUCACCGCCGAGCUGCAGAAGACCGAGCACAACGAGUUUGAGGACGACUGGAAGGCCAAGGGCGUCGACGCCCUGUCGCCGUUCGCAACGCUGCCCAGUGAGGACGCCAAGUCGCCCCUCAAGGUGGAGGUGCACGAGGCCACCGACAACGGGGUCGAGGAGACCACCGAGACGGCCUCGGGACGCACUCACUCAGAGAGACCCAAUGCCGGACAUGUCGACGUCUAGACACAACACACACAUAUGAAGGAGGGAGGGAGGGAGGAAGGCAUGUCGGGAGUGCCGGUGCGGUGUGGCGGUUGUCGAUGUCGUCUGUGUUUGACGUGACGUUUGCCUUUAUAGUCAGCUGCCCUCCGAUAUGUGAGUGUGUGAGGUUCUUUGGCAUUCAUUCAUUCACAGGGGCACUGGGAUCGGAUCGGAUCGUCUGUGGAAUUCAUAGUAGGUAGCGCUGGCUGACUGACUGACUGACUGUCCGGAAGUGCGUGGCCUGGCCCUCUUUUUUCCCUACCUCUCCCACACACACAUACAUACAGACAGACAUACAUACACACAUACAUACGCGUGGCUUUCUGCUCACAUCCAGGAGUUGCUCGACGCAUCGAUCGACUGCUCUCCUGCUGCCCCCGCGAGCUGCAGCAGUGGCAUCGUCUCGUCUGCUGUCAUGUCUCUUGGAGCUCCUCGAUGCGAUGCUGCUAGCCGCCAGUACACACAUGCCUCCAUCGCCGCUUCAGCAG